AUGGCGCUCCGACGGCUGCUCUGGCUGCUCGCGGCGUGGCUCCCCAUCUCCGCCGGGGAGGAGGCGGACCCGGCUCCGCUGCUGCCGCCCGCCGACUUGCUGCUGGCAGCCGGUGCAGAGGCUUACGGGCGAGGGGACUGGGGGGCCGUCAUCCUGCACAUGGAGCGGGCGCUGCGGGCUCGGGAGGCGCACCGGGCGCGGCUGGUCCGCUGCCGCCUGCACUGCUCCGACUCCAACCGCACCGAUGGCGCCCGGACCGAUCCGCUCUCGACCGGGCAGCGGCGGCCCCUCGACGACCUCCGCUUCUUCCAGCGGCUCCUCCGCCGCGCCGCCUGCCUCCGCCGCUGCCUCCCCGACGGCGUCUCCCGGUACCUGUUGGGGGAAGAGGCCGAGCUGGAGUUCCGCAAGCGCAGCCCUUACAACUACCUCCAAGUGGCUUAUUUCAAGAUCAACAAGUUGGACAAGGCUGUCGCCGCCGCCCACACCUUCUUUAUGGCCAACCCUGACCACAUGGAGAUGAGGCAGAACCUGGAGUAUUACCAGAUGAUGGCCGGAGUGAAGGACUCCGACUUCGUGGACUUAGAAGCCAAGCCACAUAUGCAAGAAUUCCGCCUGGGCGUGAGUUACUACACAGAAGAGCAGCCCCAGGCAGCUGUUCUGCACCUGGAAAAGGCACUGGAGGAGUUCUGGAUUGCUGACACGGAGUGCCGAGCCCUCUGCGAGGGACCGUAUGAUUACGAAGGCUACAAUUACAUGGAAUACAAUGCCGACCUUUUCCAAGCUAUUGUUGAUCAUUACCUGCAAGUCUUGAGCUGCAAGCAGGCGUGCGCGACGGAACUCGCUACUCAGACUGGCCGGGAGAAGCCCCUGGAAGAUUUCCUUCCAUCGCAUUUCAACUACUUGCAGUUUGCCUACUACAACAGCGGCAACUACGAGAAGGCCAUUGAGUGUGCCAAAACCUAUUUGCUUUUCUUCCCCAACGACGAAGUGAUGAAGCAGAACUUGGCUUACUACACGGCUGUUCUGGGGGAGAAUCUGGCCGGGCCCCUCCACCCGAGAGAGAAUGUCCAGGCCUACUGGCGGCGCAGUCUCCUGGAGAAAGAGCUGCUCUUCUUUGGCUACGAUGUCUUUGGGAUUCCCUUUGUGGACCCGGACACGUGGACCCCGGCGACGGUGAUUCCCAAGAGACUACGGGAAAAACAGAAGGUGGAGCGCGAGACGGCGGCCCGCAUCUCCGAAGAGAUUGGCAAUCUUAUGAAGGAGAUCGAGACGUUGGUGGAGGAAAAAACCAAGGAGUCCACGGACAUGAACAAGCUUGUGCGGGAAGGGGGCCCCUUGGUGUAUGAUGGUCUCAGCGUCACCAUGAACUCAAAGUCGCUGAACGGCUCCCAGCGGGUGGUGGUCGAUGGAGUCCUCUCCGAUGAGGAAUGUAGGGCCCUGCAGCGAUUAACUAAUGCAGCUGCCUCCGCCGGGGAUGGCUAUCGUGGGAAGACCUCCCCUCAUACCCCCAGCGAGACAUUUUAUGGUGUAACCGUCUAUAAAGCCCUUAAGCUGGGACAGGAAGGCAAAGUCCCAAUGCACGGCGCAUAUCUCUAUUACAACGUGACCGAGAAGGUCCGCCGCGUGAUGGAGUCCUACUUCCGCCUGGACGUGCCUCUGUACUUCUCUUAUUCCCAUCUGGUAUGCCGCACUGCUAUAGAUGAGAAGCAGGAGGACCGGACAGAUCCCAGCCACCCCGUGCACGUGGACAACUGCAUCCUUAAUGCAGAGGCCCUGGAGUGUGUUAAGGAACCGCCAGCAUAUACGUUUCGAGAUUACAGCGCCAUCCUGUAUUUAAAUGGGGAUUUUGAGGGCGGAGCCUUUUACUUCACUGAGCUGGAUGCCACAACGAUAACGGCUGAAGUGCAGCCGCAGUGUGGUCGGGCAGUGGGGUUCUCGUCAGGCUCUGAAAACCCUCAUGGAGUGAAAGCUGUAACCAAGGGUCAGCGCUGCGCCAUUGCCUUGUGGUUCACCAUGGACCCCCGCCAUAGCGAACGGGAUCGGGUGCACGCCGAUGACCUCGUGCGCAUGCUGUUCCAUACGGAAGAGACAGAACUACCUCCGGAGCAGGCGACGGCAACGGAAGCCCCUCUUCCGGGCCCGACAGAAGCUCCUAAAGCAGGCCCUGAUUCCAGCAAAGACGAACUUUAACUUGCUGCUGCUUUUACAGAGUCCAUCUGGGCUCGAUCCAGGCAACAAGGAUGACUUGGUUGGGCCUAUGGGAAACUGCCUGGACAGCAGCCUGUGGAUGGAGGCCCUCUUCUGGCAUGCAAAUAAGACGGAUUGCAACUGCCUUCCAAGGGCUGGGAGCAAGGUGCUUCCUGGGCACGGUUGCAAUACUUGGAAAGGAGACCGGGGCAGAGAAUAUCUUCUGUUGCCUUUCUCUCCCUUGCUCCAGGGUACAUUUCCCCCCUCCAAGGUGCCUUAUUUUGUCCCCAAAACAAACACCCAUCAAUACAGCUCCUUUACCCUAAAGCAUCUUCACAGCCGGGAAGAUACCUAGCUCCUACAAGAGGAGGUGCCACUUCCACUGGAGAUGAGCUAGGAUCCUGCCACCAGCUGCAGAGUUGGCAUAGGGGAGCAGCUGAAAGGCUUGUACUUUGACCAGAGUUCAAAUCCCGGCUUGUCCACGACAAACCUUCGGCCUGUCACCAUCUCCUAGACUUGUCCUACCUACCAGGGCUGUUGUGAGGAUGAAGUGGGAUAGCACACAUGCACUGCUGUGAGUUCCAUGGAAAAGAAUUGUAAUCGUAUAAGGUGGCCGCCACUUCCCAUCAUCACACAUGUUCGUAAAUUAAAAAAGAAAACUUGUUGUUUUGGA